AUGGAGGACUAUAUAAAGGAACAAGAAAACGUGUACGCGUUGUUGGUGAAAGCUAUUUCUAAUUACAAGAAAUCACCGAAACAAAGAUUAACUAGUGGUUAUGAAUUUACGAAACUUGCAGUAGAAAAGAGAGUGGAAUAUGUGCAAGGCUGGCGGCUUUGUUUUAAUUGCCUAGUACCGGGGCAUUCAGUUAAGUUCUGCAAACAUCGAUCUUCUUGCCGCCAAUGUGGGAGAAAACACCACUCUCUGCUGCAUAACACGUGGAGCCCUCAGUCUCAGACCUCUGCGCCGGUUCCGGAGUCAUCAGCGCCGCUUUUAGAGAAUAAAGAAGAUAUCAAGGAAGAAAAAGAAGAUAAAAAUAAAAAGAUAAUUAUAUCUCACCUCACUACGGGGAGUAAAGCGCGGCUGAUGCCAACUGCAUUAGUGCAAGUAUACGCUGAGAACGGAGAAAAACACUUGAUGAGAGCGCUGUUGGAUCCAUGCUCACAAGAGUCUUUUAUAACUGAGGCCGCGGCACAAAGGCUUCGUUUACGACGUACCUCAGUCAGUGGGCAUGUAACAGGGGUUGAGAAGAUGAAGACUACACUUAAGUAUGUAACUGAAAUAGAGUUCUCAUCAAGAAUCGAGCUGAAAAUGAAAAUGAAAGCAACUACAUACGUUGUUCAUCACAUCACCGACAUUAUGCCGGAGAAUGAAGUGAAGAUGGAAAACUGGAAACAUGUCGAGAAGUUGUGCCUCGCUGAUCCAACAUGUCACACUCCAGGUCACAUCGACUUGCUUUUAGGAGUCGAAAUUUGGAGCGAAGUUAUUAAACCUGGAGCGAUCAAUGGCCCCUCAGGAACACCUAUAGCACAAGACAGUCACCUGGGGUGGAUAAUUUGCGGGAAUGUGAGGACAGAGCACACUGCCACAAAAAACAUCGUCAGCAUGCAUCUUAAUGUUGAUCUUAAUAACAUGCUGAAGAAGUUCUGGGAGUUAGAAACCAUAGAAGAAGAAAGCCAUACACUAACCUCAGACGAAAAGAAGGCAGAAGACAUUUAUGAGAAGACGCACAAAAGAAGAGAAGAUGGUCGUUACGUGGUCAGGCUGCCAUUUAGAGAUGAUACACCUGUUUUACCACGUGACUCACGAGAGAUAGCAGUGAAGAGAUGGAUGUCGCUAGAAAGAAGAUUAGAUAAGAAUCCAAAAUUGAAAGAUGAUUACAACGACGUCUUAAAAGAGUACCUAGAACUACAACACAUGAAGAAAGUAGAUGAUAAAAAAAUAACCGAGAAUUGCGUGUAUCUCCCCCACCACGCUAUUAUAAGGGAAGACAAAGAAACUACAAGAAGGGGAAAAUGCGUUACACAUACCACCGAGGCGUUGGGACGGGCCCCGGUGGUUAUGUGGGACUCCCUACCCAUGGUGUACCCACUAAAAACCCCUCUAUUUGCCGUCUCCACGCUAUAUGGCGAGGCCCCAGGGACGCCAAAGCACGCUUCCGCGACCUCGCCAGCGGCCAUCCGGACUCCGGACCCGGCUUAG